AUGCCGUCCGCCGUCGAGCCCUCUCCGUCCGCCUCCGGGCCGCGCCCGCUGCCGGUCUACUUCAUCGGCCACGCCGGGGUGGGCCUGCUGUUUGACGAGUCGCCGCGGAACCACGUCGUCCAGGACAACCUGCGCGCCAUCGGCGAGGAGAUCCGCGCCAUCACGCCGCGCCCCAAGGCCAUUCUCACCUUCAGCGGGCACUUUGAGGCCAGCGAAAUCCACGGACCGGGCGUCAUAGAAGUCAACGUGAAAAAGGGGACGCACAUCCAGCACGACUUCGUCAACGACUUCCACGACUCGCGGCCGUCGGUGUACGAGUACGAGUGGCCGCACACGGACGCGCCCGAGCUUGCUGUCGAGGUGUGGCGGCACCUCGGCCGCGCCGGCAUCAAGGCGAAGCGCGUCGAGCGCGGCGUCGACCACGGCGUCUGGGUCCCCUUCAAGCUCAUGUUCCCCGCCGAGGGAGAAGACGCGGCACCUCUCGACGUGCCCAUCGUCCAGGUAUCGACAUUCCACGGCUACGACCUCGCCGCGCAGAUCCGCCUCGGUGAGGCCGUCGCGGCGUUGCGCAACGAGGGCUACCUCAUCGUGGCCUCGGGCAUGGCGGUGCACUCGUUCGAGGCGAUCGCGUCGAUCCGGGACGCGGCGACCGACGCGGAGCGCGAGCGCGUGCGGGACCUCGUCCUGGCCGAGUCGCGCGCCUUCGACGCGGCGCUGCGCGCGGCGCUGGCGGCCAAGGGCGCCCGCGCGCGCGAGCAGGCCCUGCUGCGGCUCGCCGCCGACGGCCCCGCCCUCCGCCGCUGCCACCCCACCGUCGAGCACUUCACGCCGCUGCUCGUCGCCGCCGGCGCCGCCACCGACGCCGACGAGGCCGUACCCCUCGGCGUCAACGUAGUCGAGCCCGGAAUGUCGUACUUGAAUGUGCGGUUCGCGUAGGGGUAGAGAUGGGGGGAUGGAUAGGGCAGGGUGGUAUACGUAUAUUUAAGGAGAGAGUGGGGAGGGGGGAAGGGGAGUGGUAAUGAUGGUUUCUAGAUCGCUAUGAUGCUUGUACCUAUCUAGUUAGGGGAGUUUCUUCGUGAGUGUAGGCGAGUAGCAAGAAGGUAUGUGCGCGGUCCUAUGAGGCAUAUGCCUAUGUUUCCUAUACACGGAGCCUGAGCGUAAAUGGCCCUUGGUCUUGUCUGGUGGUGCGAGCUUUUGAGGUUGGGAUUUUGUAUAUAUAUCAAAUUACGGGGCGACAGAACUUAGUGCUGCGCUCAAAAACACCGAGAAAGCGAAGCCGCGCGAGUUCCGUCUAAUUCGUAUCUGCCCUUCGUCUCCCCUCCUCCCCGAGAAAUCCUGCGUAAAUACAACCACCGCCUGCUCCACGGCUCCUAUUUCCUCUCUGCCUACCGCCUGCGACCCAUCGUCUCCGCGCCCCCCUCCCAGCAGGAAGACCGCCAGCCGGCGGGGUGCCCUACCAGUAGUACCGGUGCUUGCGGCCGUGGCGGUCGGUGUACAGGGCGUCGCGUUCGAGGGCGGCGGGGUCGUCGGCGGCGCGCACGGCGGCGGCGAAGCGCCGGUUGAACCACUUGAACAGCGCCGUCUGGACGAUCAGCGUGGCGAGCCAGACGGAGCCCAGCGCGAGGCAGGCGCUCCAGGCGCGGCGGUACAGGGGCGCGUCGGACUGGCGG